AUGGUCGAGGCAAGCCAGGUCUGCUCGAGCUACUACAGCCUCAACCACACCUUAGUGGAGACCUUCCAAUGCCCCCGACGUGGAGAGGGAGCAACCCUCCUGUACUGCUGCGGCUUCGCUGACCUCAAGUACUGCUGCAGCGAGCCAGGGAGCUACUUCCCUUACAAGUACAGCUACAUGUGGAGCCUCAGCAUUGGUGCCUUGAUUGGACUGGGAAUUGCUGCCCUUGUUUUACUUGCCUUUGUCAUCAGCGUCUGUGUCCUUUGCUACUUAUUUCUUUAUUCAAAACCUCAGAAAUUAGACACAGGACUCAAACUCCAACACCUGGAGGCUUCUUCAGGAGAAGGUAACUCCAGUAGGGAAGCCAAAGCUACUAAUUCAAAUGCAGUUUCAAAUUCAACAAAUGAAACCUCAUGUGAUGCAGAUGAGAUCAUUCAAGAAAAGCUGAUGGAUACGACAAAUCAACAAUGCUCAUUUGCUAAAAAUACUGCAUUUUAGGAAUUUGGUGGAAGGAUGGGUGUAAAAACACAGUAUGUAUUUUAGGUUAUCAUUGCAAUUUUAGACAUAAACAAGUGUAAUACACAUGCCUGCAUCAUAUUUCCCAAAUAAUUCAGUUGUUUUUGAGUAACAACUGGUAUUCAUAGAACGAAACUUUCAUAACUCAAAUGCUUUGCUCAAGGAGGAUGUGGUGUUACUGUAAAAUAGGGAAUUAGGUUAAUAAAAUACUUUGGUAGAAAUAACUAUCAAUUAGUCUACUACAAAUAUGAAAAGAGCCUAAGAAGGUUUAUGCCAUGCUAUAAGUGUUUGCUAAUUUACUUUAAUAGUCUUAGAACUUUAGUUUAUAUUUAUACAUGAGGUGAGAUAAACAACUAUAUUUCCUGGUUCCUUCCUCUUGAGAAUUCUCAGACCAAUCUUUGUUUAUUAAGUUUUUCCCAUUACAAUGAAAGGACCUACAUACUGGGAGAAUUUAACAUCAGUUUGCACCCCCUUUUCUUUCUCUGAAUUGCUCUUUUAAUUUAUUUAAUAAAUAAUUAUAAAAUUAAGAUACAUUCUUCAGAGAAUUUAAAUCUUAACAAUACUAACGCCGUUCAUUUCACUUGCCAAAAAUGCUGUGCUUCCUUGAUCUGAUUACAACGGUCUCUAUGGCAAAUAAUAGACGUUUCAUAUGAUGUAGUGUAGAGAACUCGUUCUGGAGUCAGAGGAAUUGGGUUCCCUUUCUUUGGUGCUUAUUAUCUGUGUGACUUUGGCCAAUCAUUUAUAAUCUCUCUCCACUUCAAUUUUCUCACCUGUAAAAUGAAGGACAUUGAGACUAGACGGUUUCUGAAAUACCUUCUUGAGCUGGUUCAACAACCCUAAUUUAGUACAACAAAUUAUUUCCACUGCUUCUCAUCAAAGGAUUCUCUAAAUUU